UGUCUCCCGGAGGGAAGACGUGGACACGGAAGUGGCUGGCGGCGGUAGUGACGGAGGCGGGAGCAGGGCAGUGGGCUACGGUGACUGGCCACGGUAUCGUGGACAGAGGGUAGCGGUGGCACUGCCGGGCCCACGGGUGCGAGGUCGGAAGGGCAGGACGCGGUGGUGUCCGGGCUUCAGCCGUCUGCGGCUGUGCUUGGCAAACGGGCCGUUAAACGGCCAUCGCGCGGAGCCUAGCGGAGCGCCCGGGCGCGUGCCCGCUGCCGGAAGCCGCCCCUUCCCCUCUCUGAGUCCUCGCGCGCCCCCGCCGCCCCCCUCUACUCCCAACACCUCCCGGAGCCAUGGCCAAGAGCGGAGGCAAGGGGGCCAGCCUGCGCGACAAGUUGGACGGCAACGAGCUGGACCUGAGCCUCGGCGACCUCACCGAGGUGCCCGUCAAGGAGCUGGCUGCUCUCCCAAAGGCCACAGUACUGGAUCUGUCCUGCAACAAACUGACUUCUUUACCGUCUGAUUUCUGUGGACUGACACACCUGGUGAAACUGGACUUGAGUAAAAAUCGCCUGCAGCAGCUGCCUGCUGACUUUGGCCGUCUGGUCAACCUACAGCACCUGGACCUCCUCAACAACAGACUUGUCACCCUGCCUGUCAGCUUUGCUCAGCUUAAGAACCUGAAAUGGCUGGAUCUGAAGGAUAACCCUCUAGAUCCUGUCCUGGCCAAAGUAGCUGGUGAUUGUUUGGAUGAGAAGCAGUGUAAGCAGAGUGCUAUCAGGGUCCUGCAGCACAUGAAGGUCAUUCAGGCUGAUCAAGAGCGAGAGAAACAAAGGCGGCUGGAGGCUGAGCGAGAAAUAGAGAAAAAGCGUGAGGCAAAGCAGCGGGCCAAGGAAGCCCAAGAACGAGAAGUGAGGAAAAAGGAGAAAGCAGAAGAGAAGGAACGUCGUCGAAAGGAAUAUGAUGCUGUCAAAGCAGCUAAUAAGAAGGAACAAGAGAAAAAACCCAAGAAGGAGACACAUCAUCAGCCUGCAAAGGCCAAGUCUGGUUCCCGCUCUGUGAAGUCUCGCCCUCAAAAGCACUCCUGGUCCUGGGCUUUCUUAAAGCUGCUGCUGAUGGUGCUCCUCAGUGCCACAGGAGUUUUAGUUGCCUGUCAGGUGACAGAUCUACAGUGGCAGCCUUUCUGCGUCAGUGUGAACACCAUCUAUGAGAAUGUUGUCCAUGGGCUUCGUAGCCAUGAAAUCCUGCAGCGAGUCUUACAGCCAAACUCUCAGCAAUAAGUGUGUUAUCAGCAUUGGCUGCCUCGUCGUCUGUGGAGCCAAGAUUCCUAUGGAAUUGUGUUCUGCCAGACACUACCUUUUAUAGCAUUGGACAAUCAAUUGGUACCUGAGACACCCAUUUUUAUGUCCUAGGAGAUCCAUGUUAGAACUUGCCUCUGUUCCUUAUGCAAGGUUCUGUUCCCUGUAGAUUUAGAAAAUGGGAAGGGGUGGGGGUGGGGGGAGCAGUAGUCUGCAUGUCUAAAGGAAUAAGCUUGAGGGGAGGACGAAAACAUUCCCCUUUUCUAAUCCAGGUAUCCAAAGCUAUGUAAAGGCGAGGCAUAUUUUUACUAAACGGUCAGCUGUCUCAACAUUUAUAUUUUUGUAUGUCACAAAUCUAUCCACUCGUAAUUUCCUGGGCCAGGAUCUCACUGACAACAAAAACCAGUUCAGGAGGCAAUAAAUGCAAAACUUACUGUCCGAGAUAAAAAUACCUAUUUUCUUAUAAAUCAGACACUAAUGCAAUUUGGUAAUAACAGAAAUAAUGGAUUUUUUAAUAGUUGGAUUGGACCUUAACAACCAUUUAGUCCAACCCCCUAAUUUUAUAGUGGCUUAAUUAAUGACAGAGCCUGAAUCCAGUUGUCCCAAUCCAGUGUUGAAACUUUUCAUCAUGUCCAUAUAAACUCAGGGGGCUAGACAGAAAUAUGGCCUGGCUUAUUAGCACCAAAGAAAAAUCUCCUUUGGCUUAUCAGUGGCAACCUCGAACAAGUUUUUCAACCAUUUCAGGCCCUUUGUGGUCCAUCCAGACUUUUACAUUCCUUUCAAUUCCAGAAAAAAUGAGGACCACCUGAAGGUUUUGAGUACAGGCAAGGCAUCACCAUGUCAGAAAAGGAAAGCCCUUUGUUGCUAUGAUUGAGGGCUGUCAUUAUCUGCAGCAUGGGUCAUUCUUAGUUGGAGUAGAUGCUGCUUUAAGAUUUAUGACUUCUGUUACCUGCCUCUUAAUAGCACAGGGUUUUAAGAGGCAUCAGCAAUAUUGUGCAAAAUUAAAAUUUUGCUUAUUAGCAAAGCCAGACAGCCAGUUUAAGCUAGAUUAAAUAUGGGGCUAAUUUUGUUUUAGGUCUUUUUCUCAGGGAGAAAUGGAUAAUUAUUGCCCCAUGAUGAUGCUUAUUCACUGGAAAAAUUCCUGAUUAAAAAAAAAAAAAAGCCACUUCUGGGACAGCAAGGGGUAGA